AAUGAUUCCAUAUAAGUGUAUGUAAACUUCUGACUUCAACUGUACCUCUAUAGUAGGCAAAAGUACUCUGGUGAGCCAGACCGGGAAUCUUCUUAAUCCUAUUAACCGUACUCCCUCCUUUGUUAUACUGCUGUGGGGAGACCAGUCUAAAUCUCUUCGGGUACUCAUUGACUCCGGGGCAGAUGAGAGUUUUAUGGAUGCUACUCUAGUUUCUGAAUGAGGUAUUCCCACUCAACUUCUCUCUGUUCCCAUGGAUGCUAGAGCACUGGACUGACGCUCCAUUGGUAGAGUUACCCACAGCACUGUUCCUGUUUAUUGACGGGUUUCAGCAAAUCACAGUGAGGCAAUACAGCUGCUCCUCAUUGAGUCUCCCCAUGUUCCAGUUGUUUUGGGAUUUUCUUGGUUUAAGAAACACAACACCAUUAUUGAUUAGACCACAAGUUCAAUCCUGGGUUGGAGUCCGUUUUGCCAUUCCCAUUGCCUCAAAGCAGCGCAGACUUCCCCGAGACAGCCUCCUCAGGGUUUGAGUCAAGUCUCAGAUUUCUCUUCUGUUCCCACAGAGUACCACGACCUUCUGAAGGUUUUCAGCAAGGUACGGGCUACUUCUCUUCCCCAGCUCCAACCUAAGUUUUACGACUGAAUUGUGAUGGGAGAUGGCGGCACCAGAAACUCAGCUCAUGCUAAGCAUUGGAUUAAUUGAGAAAGACGUGAAUGCAGACACCUUGUGGGUGUGGUGCUAUCCCUCAGUCAGUGCUGAGCUCCGGGAGGUCCUGCUCAGUAAAUGCUGUCUCACACAGGACAGCCAGGGCCUGAACACCUUUGUGUUCGGCCAGUUCUGCCGUACCUGGUACUACAUAUCCACUGUAGAGGUACAGGAACCCACCGCCCUAAAGAAGGUCACACAUUUUUCAUUAGUUGUCACAGCAAAGGACUUCAACCCUGAGAAGUAUGCAGCAUUCAGUCGAGUACUAUGCAGAAUGUACAUCAAACAUGGGAGCCCAGUGAAAAUGGUGGAGGGUUACAUUGCAGUCCUCACCAAAGGCAUCUGCCAGAGUGAUGAGAAUGGCUCCUUUCUCAUCAAGGACUACGAUGUCAGGAAGGCGUACUUAGCAGGCUCAGUGAAAGAUGUGGUGUCCCAGUUUGGGAUGGAGACUAUCAUCCUGUACACAGCCCUUAUGCUAAAGAAGAGGAUUGUGGUCCAUCACCCUCGGAUUGAAGCACUGUUGGAGUUCACAAGAGCUCUUCCAGCUCUGACAUGGCACAGGAAAGACUGGUCCAUUCUGCACCCUUAUGUCCACCUGACUGACAGUGAGCUGGAGAAUCUCAGGACAUGCACUGGAUAUGUGGCAGGAUUUGUUGACCCACAAGUGAGCAACAGACCGGACUUGUUUGAUGUGUAUGUAAACCUCCCAGAUACUGAGAUUACCGUAUCCCAGAGUGCCAAAGAGGCCAUGGCUAUGGGAAAGUUGCACAAAGACAUUGGCCUCGUCAUUGUCCAGUCUGCAGAGGAUGCUGAUAGAACAGAUGGGCAGGUUAUCAAGGACAUUUCCAUAAAGACGAGGGAGAUCCUUGCUAACCUGGCGUCCUUAGCUGAGGACUGUGAGGACUCUAAAAUCACCCUGGAGACCUUAAAGCAGCGUCACUUCCCGCCUGCUACCGAAAACUUCUUGUUCCACUUGGCAGCUGCUGAGCAGCUUCUCAAGAUAUGACCCUUGACCUCCUACAUCAUCUGGUGUGAGGUCACUCUGAAUAUUAGCAUGGGUAUUCAUCUAUGUAAUUAUACAUACAGUGCGUUCGGAAAGGAUUCAGACUCCUUGACUUUUUCCACAUUUUGUUACAUUACAGCCUUAUUCUAAAAUGUAUCAAAUAGUUUAUGUAUAAAAAAAACAACCUGAUAUCACAUUUACAUAAGUAUUCUGACCCUUUACUCAGUACUUUAGCAGCGAUUACAGCCUCGCAUCUUCUUGGGUAUGACGCUACAAGCUUGGCACCUGUAUUUGGGGAGUUUCUCCCAUUCUUCUCUGCAGAUACUCUCAAGCUCUGUCAGGUUGGAUGGGGAGUGUCACUGCACAGAUAUUUUCAGGUCUCUCCAGAGAUGUUCAAUCGGGUUCAAGACCGGGCUCUGACUGGGGCACUCCAGGAAAUUCAGAGACUUGUCCCAAAGCCACUUCUGCAUUGGCUUGGCUGUGUCCUUUUGGUAAUUGUCCUGUUGAAAGGUGAACUUUCACCCUAGUCUGAGGUCCUGCGCGCUCUUGAUCAGGUUUUCAUCAAGGAUCUCUGUACUUUGCUCCGUUCAUCUUUCCCUUGAUCCUGACUUGUCUCACUGUCCCUGACUCAGAAAAACAUCGCCACAGCAUGAUGCUGCCACCACGCUUCACCGUAGGGAUGGUACCAGGUUUCCGCCAGACGCGACUCUUUGAAUUCAGGCGAAAGAGUUCAAUUUUGGUUUCAUCAGACCAGAGAAUCUUGUUUUUCAUGGCCUGAGAGACUGUAGGUGCCUUUUACUCAGGUGGCUUCCAUCUGGCGACUCUACCAUAAAGGCCUGAUUGGUGGAGUGCUGAAGAGCUUGUGGUCCUUCUGGAAGGUUCUCCCAUCUCCACAGAGGAACUUUGGAGCUCCCUGAGUGAUCAUCGGGUUCUUGGUCAUCUCCCUGACCAAUGCCCUUCUCCCCUGAUUGCUCAGUUUGGCCGGGCGGACAGCACUAGGAAGAGUCUUGAUGGUUCCAAACGUCUUCCCUUUAAGAAUGAUUGAGGCCACUGUGAUCUUGGGGACCUUCAAUUCUGCAGACAUUCUUUGGUACCCUUCCCCCAGAUCUGUGCCUCAACAAAAUUCUGUCUCGGGGGCUCUAUGGACAAUUCUUUUGACCUCAUGCCUUGGUUUAUCCUCUGACAUGCACUGUCAAAUGUGGUACCUUAUAGACAGGUGUGUGCCUUACCAAAUCAUGUCCAAUCAAUUGAAUUUACCACAGAUGGACUCCAAUCAAUUUGUAGAAACAUCACAAGGAUGAUCAAUGGAAACAACAGGAUGCACUUGAGCUCAAUGCCGAGUCUCAUAGCAAAGGGUCUGAAAACUUAUUUACACAAGGUAUUUCUGCUUUUUAAUUACAUAUACAUUUGCAAACAUUAAAAAAUAUAUGUUUUGGCUUUGUCUUUAUGGGGUAUUGUGUGUAGACUGAGGAACAUUUAACAAUUUUAGAAUAAGGCUGUAACAUAAAACAUGGAAAAAGUCAAGGGGUCUGAAUACUUUCCAAAUGCACUAUGUUGCAGUAAGAAAGAACCGUGCACUUGCAUUCAAAGUUUUGAUUUGGUUUGGGGGACAACAAGUAGCCAAAAUGCAAAUGCAAGUAGCCAAAAUAGCUGUUUUUAGCUGUUUGAUGUCAAUUUCAUCAAAUACAGUUAGUUUGUUUGAUGAGUGGCCAAGUUUCAUACAUUUUGUCCACAUAUUGAGGAAGUUGAAACCACAGUGGCAUUUUAAUGGUUAAGGUGAAUGGGAAACACUCAGGUGUUAUGUAUCACACACUAUUGCAUUCCUGACUCUUAACAAUACUAAAAGUCUACUUGUCAUUAUCUGUGACAGAAAAAAAAAAUUGAUAAACAUUUUCUUUAUUGUAAAGUAUUGUCUUGACAAUAAUACAAUAACAUACCUAAAAUAUUGGUGCUAUGGGCAAUAUGUGAAAUAGAACUAAUCCAUUGAACACUGACGAGGUACGUGUUUGGUUGUAGUUACUUUGUCUUACUGUUAUAUGAACAAGUGAGAACAUGGUUGUCUUGUUCCCCAGGUGCAGAAUGUAUUGGCUGGGAAUAUAAACACUGCUGUGUCUUAAACGGUCUAAUAAAUCACGUAGCCAUAGCAUUACAUAGUUCAGGAAUAGAAUAGUUUAUUUUAAGACUUAAUAGAAUCAUUUAAGGUCUCAAGAACCAUUAUUUAUCCUCUUAAAUUUCAGAAUUAAAAUAAGAGAUGCAUGGCAAAUGAGAAAUAUGUCGUUUGUCAUUUUAAAAUCAUUUAUCUUAACAAUGUGUUGUCGAUUCUUAUUAAUGAAUAAAGUGCCAAAAUGAAACUAAUAUCUUUGGGUAAUGCAAUAUAAGGAAUCAUGUUUGGGUGUUGCUCAGAUGAGAGGGAGAACAGAUAGCAUUUUUCUAACCUUGUGUCCUCAGUUUGAUAAGCAGGAGACCGAUUACCAAGGGUGGAGGCAUAACGGAUAUGUGUCCUCCCUGGAAAGCUGUCAGCUAUUGUUAGUUACUGGAGCAAUUUCUUUGGUUUUGUAUAUGACCAUUAUGUCAAAUGAUGUUGCAUACCUAUUUGUUACUGUAAUAUGACAUUGUUAUUGAUAUUUUGAAAACAAUGUAAUUUAUUGUUUCACUUCUUGGGCAAUUCUACCCUUGUUCUCAAAGGCUCGUCUUUGUGCCUGAAUAGAUUCAAUGAGACACUAACGUUGCGUGCACUACGCAUGUCCUCAUCUAGGUUUUAGGAAACUCAACUAAUCUAUUUGAAAUUUCUGGAAUAUCCUAUUUGUUCUAAAAAUAUACAUCUAAGUAUCUGUGCUGUCAAGAAAAUCCACACGUCAAUUUAACUAAAAUAAUGGAGUAAUAUGAUUUGCUUUUGUAAGAUCAAACUUGUAAACCAAAUCACUAAACUUGAAACGUGAACAGCUGUACGAGGAAGGGCAUUGUUACAAACUCAUGAUUACAAUUAAUUUGCAGUGCAUUGUUAAUUUACAUCCACUUACAAGUUGCAGCUAUUAAAUUCAACUGAAUCGAAA